AUGGUUGGUGUAGAAUCCGUUCUUAUGGCUGAUCCAGAUGUAAGGCAUUCUGAGUCGACGACUGACACGUCUGAUAACGAUGAUCGAGCGCAGAACUCUGGAAACGUAACAAUGGAAUUCGCCCAUCAAAAUGAACCGUGUUCAACAACAAAUGAAGCGCCGAAUGCACCUGCGUUUCCUCAAGACUUUUCUGUAUUUAUUCAAGAGCAUGAAGAAUCUCAGCUAGACGCCAUGUUUUCCAGUCGUUUCACUGUGGUACGUUAG